GCUUCCUGACUAAAUCAGACUCGCUGUUUCGAGCUUCUGGACAGCGUUCAAAUGUCAUCAUGAGGAUCUUUCAGCUUCACGUUUAUCUACUUGUGUGCUGUGGAGCUGCAGAAGGUUUCAUCGAGAAGUCGGUGGAUUUGGGACAAAAUGUGACUCUAAAGUGUGAGGUGUCUAUAAAUUAUGUGUUCUGGUUCCUGAUGAAGCCGCCAGAACCUCCAGUUUAUAUAUUACGCUCUUUCUCAAGGCUGUCCCCGGAUGCACAAUACAGUAACACAACCUUCAGCAAGACUUUCUCACUGCAAUAUAACAGCAGUUUAUUUAUUCACAAUAUCAGUAUGAAUGAAUUAGGAGUGUAUUAUUGCAUUCAGUCUGGUUCACCUCCCAACAUCAGCAGUGGAAUCAGACUUUACAUCCAGAAUCACUCAGCUGAGAAUCAGUCAAUCAGUACACCUGAAGAAACCUGGAAAACCUUCGUUCCCAUUCUCACCAUAUCAGUAAUAAUGAACCUGGCUCUGGCUGUUACAGUUACAGUUCGUCACUGCAGAAGAUCUCCAAAAGCUCCAGCACAAGCUCCAGAUCCUGGUUUACAACUGUGUCAGGACGCCAGCCUUGUGUAUACUCAGGUGCAGUACGUACUGAUGAAAGGGUGCAUCAGGACAACUGAACUCAACAGCACGCGCUCCUGCAGCCCGUGAACCCGUGACCCGACGCAACACGUGGACUUCACGAAGGUCAUCACAGGCAGAAAGAAGCCCCGCUCCUACAGCUACUGAUAUGUAAUGGACAAUUCACACGAGUCAUUUUGUAAAACCAGACGAAUUGAUUCAAAAGCAUGAACAAACCUUUUUAGACUUUUUGGAGGCCUAAAUUUAUAGAAGAGGCCUAAAGUGCUUUUCGAGUUGUGAAUUAAACCUGGAGUCACUUAAGGAGACGAUCUGGAAGAUUUGAAUAAGUGAGUCAUUGGACUGAAGUGAGUCGUGAUUCAGACACUUAAGGGUUCCGAGUAGAAUGUCAGCCAUUUUGAGAAACAUAAAAAAAGGAAGGAGGGGGCGAGCGUUGUGGUCCCGCUGGCCAUGAGAUUUCCCAGAAUGCACUAACAGUGUUUCAGUUUAAACCCUGAGGUACCGUUAUCCUGCGGUUCGACUGGCCUCGAUAGUGUGGGAAGUUACAUCAUUUCAGACUUCUGUGCGUUUGAGCUACAAAGUUGGGAAGAAACCACAGACGUCUCCAUGCCAGCUAACUGCAAUGUAAAGCAAUGUAUAGUGUUAUAGAUUUAACAAAUUGAUCUAAAGUAAAUACCUGUAUACACUCAUUUAAAAGUAAGAAUUUGUUUGCUGAAGCUGCCAUUUUGAUUUGCUGUUACUUGCUAAACUCGAGGUCCAGGAGAUGGAAUUGAGUCGAGGAACGUUUUCCUUAGUCAGAGAUUAGAAAUGAUGUCUUUGACUAAAGGUCAUCACUCAGCAUUGGCGUUACACCUUUUGCUCACUUGUUCUGUUCAUCCUGCAGAGUUGAGACAAGCUACUUAUAUUGUUCUCGUUUUCUUAUUGAGCACAAGUCACAUCCUGUAAAAAUAUUUAAAAAAAAAAAAACUAAUUUAUUAAAUUCCCUUCGGUUGUAUGGAGCUACAUGCAGCUCUUCAGUGAUUGAACACUGGAACGUUAUAUGAGCGGCCAACGUGGAAUGUCGUUCUCACCCCCACCUUUUGGUAUCAUGACGGAAAGAGGCGGAGUCAGUUAACUGGUUACUUGAUUACACAACCCAAGCCCCGCCUCCCAAAGUUUGAACUGCAGCAGUGAUGCAGGUAAUAUAUUAGCAUUUUCAACUAAGAUUUUUAAACACUGACUAUUUUAAAAUAUUUUGUUUCAAGGUGAGAUGAAGCAAAUCUAAAUUAAAUGCUUUUAAUGGGAAAUUAUACUGAAACCUCACCUACUGUAACCUUUAUAACUGGGAAACAAUUACUCUAAACAUUGUGAGUCUGUGAUAUGGGUAUUGUUAAAGAUUCGUGCAUUGUGCUCAGCUCGGUCUUUUUUUCCCCACUCAUCUGUGGUUUUUGCACCACUGCGCAAGAUUGAGUUGAAGGCAGUCUGGCCUUGGAGGAAGUGGCAGAAAGGGCUUUGCUACGUGUGAAUUGUGGCUGAAGUGUAUUGAGUCUCCUUUUUGAAUAGUUUCUCAUUCAUUUCUUAAUCUUUUACUGAACAUGAGUUUAAAAAAAAAAGUGAUUCUUUGAGUCAGGCUCGUUUGAACACACCACUGAGUCGUACUCAUGAGAAUUCAUGUCAAGUCACGUGAUUCAACCACAAACUCUCCAGAAUAUAUUAGUGAAAAGUGAUAACAGUUUCUGAGAAUUCUCACUUCAAAAGAUCAGAUUCUUAGACAUGAUGACUGGUGGAAAAGGGCUGUAGUGUGUUUGUGGGUUUGGUACGAGCUUGUCCUCGAAAACCAAAGUUCCUUUUAGACAAUAAAUAGCAUGUGACCCUGACAGAAGCCAUUCUCCACUUUUAUCUGUAAUUCAUCAGGAAGUUUUAUUUCGGCUGAACUUCAGUCAUAUGAUUGAUGGAGGAGAACAGGGGAAAAAAAAAAAAGUUUCAGAUGAACAUAGCCGGGGACGGAGGAGAGCUGAGAAACUAAUCAAGAUCAAACAUUUCAUAAAAUAUCUCCUCAAUCAUUUUGUUCUUUUGUCACCGUGACUCACUACUACAUGUCAUAAAAUAAACAUCAUCAGUUGUAACCAA